AGAAAGCAAUAAACCUUUCUUCAAAUUAUUCUUUUUUUCAGUUUUCUAACAUGGUAUCAGAGUUAGAAGCUCCUGGUUCUUUUCUCUUAUCAUUGCUGUUGGGUUUUUUGGAGUUGGAUUUUCAAUUCCAUUCCAGAUCUGAAACUUUGUCGUUGUGAUCUCUUCUCCUACAGAUUGGAUUGUUUAUCCUUGAUUCUCAGGCCCUUUCUAAGAACAAGGUACAUUGCCACAACAAUCUUGUCCUUACACUUCUGAACAAAAUGGGCGAGCCGAACACAAACACAGACACAUCCUUGAUUUUGUUCGUGCUCUGCUCAUUCCUUAAUAACCAGUCUCCAUAUGAGCGUCUACAUGGUAUUCUUCUUGCUUAUAAUCUUUUUAAGGUUUUUGGUUGUGCAUGUUUUGUUCUUCCACCUCAUGAACGCACUAAACACAUUGAGGUUGAUUGUCACUUUAUUUGCCAUCAUGUUGCGCAAGGAACUGUCCAUUUGGUUUUCGUUGGCUCCGUUGAUCAACCAGCAGAUCUCUUUACCAAGGCUCAUUUUCCUGGACGCUUUUGUACUCUUCUUUCCAAACUCAAGUUGGUUUCAUCCCAACCACCUUGAGUUUGAGGGGGGAUGUUAAGAUGUGAACACAAUUAUAUUUAGAAUUAUUGUCAAUAUUUUAUACUUUAGAAUAUUCUCUUUGUAUACCUUAUAUCUUAGAAUAUUCUCUUUAUAUAUUUUAUACCUUAGAAUAUUCUCUUUGUAAACACCUAUAUAUAGGUCAUUGUACAUACAGUAUGAUUCAAGAAAGCAAUAAACCUUUCUUCAAAUU